CACUGAACUUUUUUUCCCCUUUUUUUUCCGUCGCUUGUCCAUUUCAAUACACAGAUGCUGCCUGGCCCACCGAGCUCCUCCAGCACUUUGUGUUUUGCUCAAGAAACCAGCAUGUGCAGUUCCGUGUGCCUACAAUUGCUACGUUUUUCGCACCGAUAACUGUAAAAUAGUUUGUAUAACUGUAACAUAGAUAACUGUAAAAUAGUUUGCGAAUUGAGUACUGAAACCCUCAGCUAACCCACGCUUUCCAGUAAAACAAGGCAUUUUUUUUCACAUUUUAUCUUGAAACCAUCGAAGGUUUACUUUCAGGAAUCCGGUCGGGUUCUUGGAAGUUAACCAUUUAAAAAAAAACACGUCAUAAGCAGAAACUGUCUGAAUAAACUCGCUGGAAAUCCAGGCAGUCCGCAAUAACAUCGCAAUAAUAGCGCAAGAUAUUCUUUUCAUCCCGUUCUCAAAACCCUCAUGAACAGAGGAAAAAUUUGGACCGGUGCCACGGUAGUGAGAGCGAAUCAAACCCCCUUGAAAAAUGAUCUUGCUUCUGUGAGUUUGUUAAAAAAAAGGAUUUGUAUUCAGUGCCCGGUCAUAGAUUUGUCUCACCCCCCACAAACACACCGUCUCUCACGCACACAUACAUGCACACAUCACCUCACAUGGAUCUCGUUGGAUAGCCUUUAUAUUUGCAUUCUCUGACACACCUUCAACUGGCGCAGAGUGGUCGAAGGACAGCGAGGAACCACGCGGGGAGGGUUUAGGCAAAGUUCAGAGGAUCCCCAACCUUACAAAAGAAGCAAGCACACAGUGCAUCGCCCCAUCGGCGGGAACCUUUCUGACCCUCUGCUACCACAGGGCUCGGUCGUUGGCAGGAUGGGCUGGGUGAGCGCACUCUUGCUCCUCACGGUCGUUGGGGAAGUUUGGACCUGUAUCCAAUUCAUGGAAUCCGGCAAGAAACGGCAGAGUGAACUGUGCCGACUCCAACUGGUCAGUGCAAUCGUCUAUGGCAAGGUGGUGGCCAUCAACAAGAAUCCCCACAAGGAAUCCAACAAGGUUGCCCCCAAAGAUCCUAUAGUAAAUGCUACUGGAGAUUUGGAUCUUGUGGCAAUUCCUUCGAAAGAAACAUAUUCGGCGGUGGUGGAACCGUUGUGUGACGUUCAUCGGCGACAUUGGUUCAAUUGGCAGAUGCCCACGGGAAGUUUUCAACUGACUGGACUGGGCGACUUCGACUGUCACUCUUACACCGUCGUGGAAAACAACACCUAUUUUUUCCUCAUCAGGGUGGGAGGAGGUAGAUACUUGGUGCCAGAUGGAAGCCGUGACGAGAAUCCAAUUUUCCCUGACACCCCCGAAAACAGGAAGAUGUUCUUUAGCCACUUCCAGUUCUCCAACUGUGACUUCGGCACCAAUCAGACCUACCCAACUGAGUGGGAACUGCAAGAGCAUAUUCGGAACGUCUGCUCAAGGGUGCAGAAGGCCCUUCACGAGGUGGAAGACUUGGAGCGGUUGCUCGAAAAUAAAGUGAAGUCUCUGGAGAAGUCCAUCAACCAUCUGCGUGAGAAGGUGAAGGGAACUAAACGCUCACUCAGGCAGGUGAAGAAAGAGAGCAAGCGGGAAGCAAUGAUCAUGAAACAGCAGCAGAACAUGUAAAGAGGAAAGUUGAACGCAAAGCAGGACACUGGCAAACCGAUCCUGAAACCAGUCAAGAAACUCGUCAACCACAAUCUGUAACGUUCCAGACUCUCUGGAUGUAACUGUCUGUAAGUUAGAGAUGAAAUGCUUCCAUGCAUUUCACAUAGAAACACAUGGAAACUACCUACACUAUAACAGCAAUCUAUUCUCAGUAACAUUGUAGUUGUGUGAACUAGAAAAAUAUAGUUGUGUAGCUUGGCUUUCACAUUUGCGUUAUAUUUCUCAGCCAAUUUAAGUUUAUUUUCUGUUUACUGCAAGAGUAAUUGUGUUUAGAUAGAAGCAAAUUGUAACGGGCAUGGGACCCAAUGCAGAAAGCUGGUGGAAACUUCCCUGCAGUGAUUGGCAAGUUGGCAAAACUUUGGCAAGAUUCCACAGGGAAACAAUGUUGACGUGGAAAAUAGAACAACCUGUGCCAAGGCAGGAAUUCAUGAUGUAUUGGGAGGAAACAUUUAUUAGUAAGAACAACUUUUACACCGUCCUGUCUACACUUCACUGACCAGUUGAACAUUUAAUGCAGGCAUUUAGUCACAAGACAAAAAUCAAAAAUACUAUUUCAGAAGAUAGAAUUUCUCACAAAACAAACUAAAUGGUUUGUUAAAUGUGUUCUCUAGUUCCAGCAUUGAUGGACUCACUUCAUUGGAAGUUGAACCAAAACCAUCAGUUUGGUUCAUUCUUUGGAAACAUUUUAAAUUCAUGGAUAAAAACAGACUAAUGAUAUUUAAAACACAGAAAUUGCAGAAGAGGGACAAUAGCACAUUUUGUAACUCACUUUAGUUGUCUUGUAGUGAUAGAGUAAUAGAGAUACAGAACGGAAACAUGCCCUUCGGCCCACCGAGUUCAUGCUGACCCCAUCAACCACCCAAUUACAGUAAUCUGACAUUAAUCCCAUGUUUUAUUCUCAUUAAUUCCCCUGAUUCAAAGUAAAAAAAACUAAGACUAAAAUGUUCUAAUGAUAAAACACCCUGGAAAGCUCUUUAAGCAGGUAAAAACACCUCAGGCAUUUAAGCCUUUCAUUAAUACUGAGUCCAUUGCUAAUUAUGCUGUAAUUUGGUUUAACUGCAUUGAAAGAUUUCACGGAUUGCCGGAGUAGCUCAGGGGGUCAGGCGGCAUCUCAGGAGAAUAUGGAUAGGUGACGUUCCAGAACUGAAACAUCGCCUGUCCAUGUCGCCUGAGAUGUUGCCUGAUCCACUGAGCUACUCCAGCACUCUGUCAUUUUAAGCAAACCAGAAUCUACAGUUCCUUGUUUCUUCAUUGAAAGAUUAUUUUUUUUCAAAUAUAAAUGGUUAAUUUGAAUCACCAUCACCAGCAGUCCAUUUUAUAAAGUUAGUGUUCAGACAUCCAGGACCACUUUCCAUUAGGAGUUUGCAAUGCUUUGAAUCACAAUUUCUUUUGUUUAGCUGGAAUAGACUGUGCGUUUUUCUGUGUGGGUCAGUUUGUGAAUAUUGCUUCAUGCCAUGAUUAACCAAUAAAUAUAUAAUUUCUGUAGAGAGAAAGUGUACCACUCAUUAAACUCAGUAACUUGUGAGAAGAGUGUUAUUUUUCAAUUGUGUGAGAAUUUUAUUUGAUUUGAUGAAUUCUUAAUAAUGUUUUUUUGCGCGUAUUAUUCCCAGGUUUAAAAAUAUUACACAACAUGAUCUGUCGAAAUGUUCUAACAUUUAUUUUCUGGUAUUUUGCUUUCAAAAUUCGCUCUCUUCAGAUUCAUUAUUACAAAUUGAAUGGAGAAUAUUGGCGUGGGGGAGGUUCAAACUGUGGUACGGCUUUAGACACAUCAUGAACAGUAAGAUACAUAUUCCUUACA